CACUCACGCACGCAUAAACACACAUCUUCGCGAACUAAUGUCAGUCAAAUCAUCAGAGUGUGCUAAGAUUUUCGGUUUGUAAGCUGCGCUCUGGAUUUCGAUAAUUCGGCAAAGAAACGCUUGAAACUAUCCGAAUAUAAUGUCCUCCGGUGAUCAACAAACGUCCACCGCCACUACAGGGCAACCGCAUCUACAGCAACAGGAUCUUUCGAAGUUGGACAUUACGAAACUGACACCGCUCUCGCCGGAAGUUAUAUCUCGACAGGCUACAAUUAACAUCGGUACCAUCGGUCAUGUAGCACACGGCAAAUCAACAGUCGUAAAGGCCAUCUCGGGCGUGCAGACUGUUCGUUUUAAGAACGAGCUGGAGCGCAACAUUACAAUUAAACUGGAACCUUUGCCGAUGAGUUUAAUCAAUACAUUGGUCAAUGAUGCAAAAGAAAUGGAAGGUUACGUGGAAAAGAUACAUAAGCAGUACAAUUCACCGUACAAGCACAGUACAAGCGAUAGCAAUAGUAUUACACCCAACGUAAGCAGAAAACGAAAGUUCUCGAGUAUCGCGAACGGAGUAGACGAAGGUCCAACGUGUUCCGGCGAAUCGCAGCGCAUGAAGCAGGCAAAGAUAGUUGACUUUUUUCAAAUGUCACCACCGGAAAACUCUUCACCCCCAAUGCGUAUCACCAGAAUGCGUAGAAAAUCCUGUACUGCGGACCAGCACACACCUACGUUGACCCGUACCACGAACGGUAUGACGAAGCGCUUAUCACAACCUCUCGAUCACAUUAGAAAAGAGCCGCCGGUAGACAAGAUCGAAAACUCUAGCAGUAACGUAGGUGCGUUCAAACUGUUUUCCGCCGGCAACCAAGUUGAUUCCACUACUACUACCGAGAUAAUGAAAAUUAAAAAGGAACCUUCAGCAAAAAGGUCCCUCACGCCUUCAUCGAACGGCGGCAGCACUAGCGCAAAAUUGAGCACAACAAAGGUGAUUAAAACUUCGUUUGAUUCACCAUCGGAUAGGGAAAUUAAACAAGAACCGUGUACAGAAAGCUACACCACACCGACGACAACAGAAACUAACAGAAUUCAAAUUUCCCAAAUGCCAUCUAUUGGUGAACGCAAAGCAACCGGAGCAAAACCUGCCAAAAGGACUACUCCGCACAACAAGUCUCUUAACGGUGUGAGCGGUGGCAGCAGCAAAAAGUCUAGCAGAUCGCAAAGCAAGGAAUAUACUGUGGAAGCCAUCGAAGAUAUCCAACGACUAGGAAGUACACCGUUAUUCUUAGUCAAAUGGCUUGGGUAUUCGAGCAAACAAAACACUUGGGAACCGCUCAGCAACGUCAGCGCCUGUUCGUUGCUGGAUAGCUUUCUGACCGAUCAACUCUCGGACUGGCGCUACUGGGUAGAGACAGUACAGGAUGAGGUAAAAAAUAGCAAAGAAUAUUUGGAUAUGGUGGACAAACAUGCCAACAAUAGCAUAUCGUUCCAUGAAAUACUGCUAGAUCAUAAGCAGUACGACAGGGAUGAGUUACGGACCGAUCUGAUCCUAUGGGCCAAGUUGGCCAGUAACCGCUGCAAACGCAACGGAGUUGUGUGGGACCGCAUCACUAAGCACAUGAUACGAGAAUUAUCUUUCGUAAAGCGACGCGAUCAGCUAGACCAGCUGCGACGGUUCGAACAGCAGAUCAACGAGUAUGAACCGACGGUUCGUAUCGUGGUGGAAAACGAGCAAGAUCUCGAUGCACCGCCAAAUAACUUCACCUACCUGCGGACGAACAUAGCCGCCGAAGGGAUCUCCAUACCGAACGAUCCUCCGGUCGGUUGCGAAUGCAAUCCCUGCAGCGGGCGAAGUAACUGCUGUGGCAAACUGUCGGAGGGUCGGUUUGCUUACAGCGUCCGAAAGCGGCUGCUACUGCAGCCCGGUGCACCCAUCUUUGAGUGCAACAAAAAGUGCAGCUGCGGUCCGGACUGCCUGAACCGGGUGGUACAAAACGGGGGCAUAUGCAAUCUAACACUGUUCAAAACGUCCAACGGGCGUGGUUGGGGCGUUCGGACGAAUGCUGUCAUACACGAGGGCCAAUACAUUUCGGAGUAUUGCGGCGAGGUGAUAUCGUACGAUGAGGCGGAAAAACGUGGCAGAGAGUACGAUGCCGUUGGAAGGACGUACCUGUUCGAUUUAGAUUUCAACGACACUGACAAUCCCUACACGCUGGAUGCCGCCCGGUACGGUAAUGUGACGCGCUUCUUCAACCACUCAUGCGAUCCGAACUGUGGCAUAUGGUCGGUGUGGAUCGAUUGUCUCGAUCCGUAUCUGCCGCGGUUGGCAUUUUUCGCCCUGCGGCGCAUUGAAAUCGGUGAAGAGCUUACGUUCAACUAUCACGCACAGCUCACGACCAGCAGUGUGUCUCUAGGCGCUAAGAACGGAACGGAGAACAUGGAUGAUACCGAUGCGGAUGACUCCGGAAGCACUAGCACCAUCAACGAUAGUGUGCGGAACAAUACCAAAGGCGUUACUGAGUGCCGGUGUGGAAGUGCCAACUGUAGAAAAUUCAUCUUCUAAAUGUUUGGAAGUAUUGCUGUAAAAUUGUACCAGCAUUACGUAUGUUAUGAAAUAGAUUUUAAUAAAUGGAAAUAAUGCUCUUUUUAUUACUAACACUUUUCUUUUUUGUUUGGUGUAUCUACAGAACGCGUCGUACGUUUUGGGUGUAAUGUUGUAGUAACUUAAAGCGUUAGUGUAAAAUAUAGUAAAUAUAGUUUGCGUUUUGCUUUGUUGUUUGUCACGACAAAAUGAUUUUCGUGAAUGUAUACACUAUCUGCAUAUCAAUGAACAGAUGCCAUUCAAAAAAAUCAUUAUAUUGUUGAGUGUUCGAGUAGAAUUUCAGCGUUAUUUCUGCCCAAAAAAUAUAGGUCCUUAUUGUGAAAAACUGUACACCAUAGGUAUUAUUCAAAAGAUUGUUUAUCAGAAACUACACGUCAUCAUGCAUACACGAAACAUAAAAAACUACAUACACUUUUUGGCAAAUUAUGCAUUAAAAACUAAAUCAAAUUCUCGUCUUUUGAGCACACGAAUGAAACGAGCGCUACAUGAUUCUCUCGGCGAAAAUAAAGCUCGAAUAAAGCUUUUCAUCGAUCGAAACGAAAAUUGACCGGAAUAACAGAAUGUCGCCAACUCGAAAUGGAAAUUUAUUCGCUGGCAUCAACACAACUGGAAACUUGUAGGCCCAAUACAAAUAUCGUUACAUAUCGUUUUGAAGGAAUUUGGAUGUACGUAAACUUUAAGUAUUAAUUUC